UCACUUUUUCUUUUUCUUCUCAUUAGGCUUCUAGUUAGACAUUUCAUUCUUGAUAAAUGUCCCUAGUUGAAAGUUAUUUCGACGAUCCUUGGUUCGACUCCCUUGCUGCUGAUGAAAUUCCUCCUCGUCCUCUUUGCCACUGUUUCAUGUACAUUUGCAAUUGGCUUCAAACAGUCUGUCGCGGUGAAAGGAAAACUGAUUUGUAAUGAUGAUCCAGCAAAGGAUGUGAGAGUUAAGAUGUACGACAAAGAUGUUUUAAUGGAUACAAAAUUGGACGACAAAUCGACAGAUGGUAAUGGAGAAUUUUAUUUGACUGGUGGAGAUUCUGAGAUUAGCUCCAUCGAUCCACGUGUAAAUAUUUAUCAUGAUUGCGACGACGGAUGGACGCCUUGCCAACGUCGUCUUACCAUUGGUGUACCAGACAAGUACAUCACAAAUAGUGAUAAACCAACUAAAGUUUUCGAUCUCGGAACAAUUCAAUUGGCAGGAAAAUGGGUUGGAGAGACAAGAGAUUGUAUUCACAGACAUUAAGAAUUUUUUGAAAUUUUCAAUGUAUGAUAUUCAUUACACAUAAAGCGCAAUUUAUCCCAAAU